AUGUUGGACUUGCAAGACUUUGAUGUCUCCCCCACCUGUGGCUUCCUUCCCUCGGAGUAUCCCGUGGCCAGGUUGUCUCUGCCAUACUAUCAGCCCUGGGAAGAUCUAGUGGCCAACCUCCCAGCGUUGCUUUUGUCUCGCCGCAUCCGUGUAUUGGUGGACAAGUUGCCGAUUCUCCCCACCGAUAAACUUACCUCCAUUGCUGAGGUCAGACGUGCCUACCAAGUGUUGGGCUUCUUGGCUCAUGCUUAUGUGUGGGGAGUCAAUGAACCCACUGAUCGUAUCCCAGAAAGUGUGGCACGUCCACUCGUGGACACCGCUGAAACUUUGGGACUUCCUCCAUUGGCCACCUAUGCCGGCUUGUGUCUUUGGAACUUUAAGGAAAUCAUGCCCACGGGCAAUUCAAUCAAGAACCUUGAUUUGGACAACCUCACCACCAUCAACACUUUCACUGGAUCCAUCGACGAGUCAUGGUUCUACCUUGUAAGUGUAUUUUUCGAGUACAAAGGUGCUGGAACCAUCCGCACGGGUGUGGAGUCCAUUGCCCACGCCCAGAAUGGAGACUCAGAAAAGUUGAUUGGCUCACUCCAGAAAUUGGCACAGGCGAUCGACGAGUUAGGCACUGUCUUGAUGCGUAUGGAGGAGAUGUGUGAUCCUCAUGUAUUCUACUUCCGUAUUCGUCCUUACUUGGCCGGCUGGAAGAACAUGGCCGAUGCUGGCUUGAACAAAGAUGGAGUUUUCUAUGGUAACGAGCAGAAGCCUAGAGCAUAUGCGGGAGGUUCCAACGCCCAGAGCUCCAUGAUCCAAUUCUUAGACUCCUUGCUUAGCGUGAAACAUUUCUCUACCGGUGAGAGACCUGUUCCUCACCAAACUACCGAUUCGCAGACAACUAAGACUGCUGGCCCGAGAAAUGAUUACCUCAUGGACAUGCGUCAGUACAUGCCACGCAAGCACCGGGAGUUCCUUGCCACCAUUGACCGUGACAGCUGUAUCCGGGACUUUGUUAUGAAGAACAAGGACAAUUCCGCGCUUGUUCUCGCCUACGAUGCCUGUUUGGCCAUGCUCAAGCUGUUCCGUGACAAACACAUCCAGAUUGUCACAAGAUACGUGGUUUUGCAGGCAAAACAGGCGGGAAAGAUGGGUUCACUGCUGACGUUGCGGUCUGGCUUGGCCAAGAAAAAGAAACUGGGUGCCGAGGAGAAGGGCACAGGAGGCACGUCGUUGUUGCCAUUCUUAAAACAAUGUAGAGAUGAAACUGGAGACCCUGCUGCUGGAAGCUGGGGCCAGCGGAUACUCAGCGAUGGAGUUAUGCGGUUGAGAUACUCUAAGCCAAAUGGGAUCAAUGAGGAUUGA